CACCCCGUCUACCGUUCUGCAUUUCAACGCUCCUCCGCCUUCUACACCUCCACCCCAUACCUUCACCUUCCGGCUUCUCCUCCACUCAUUCAACAGCAAACACACUCCCGCAGCCGUGCGCCUUCUUGCGAUUCAAUCCUUCACUCCUUCAUCAGCAGUCAGCGAAUUGUCGUCAGUGGCCGGAGCCCGUCGUCCACUCGUCCGGAAACCAGCAGCAGCAGAGCUCUCGCUUCUUUCCUCGCCUCUCCCGCCUCUCGCCUCUCGCCUCUCUGCCUCGCUGCCUCUCCCGUCACUGCCUACCAGAGUAUCGGCUACUGUCCCUCUCGGCCUCUCGUCUCCUCUCAGGACUCAGGUGUCCUCUGUGGCUCUGUCGCUCUGUCCCCGUCUCACCGUUUGUGUCGCACGGACACCGCCACACCCGUGACCAGUCGCCGGCUCGCCGCCUUACCGGUCAGCAGGACACAGGAACACCGCCUCUCGUCUCCUCUCAGGACUCAGCCAGGGUCCAAGAUGCCACAGAAUGUUCCGCACCAAAUUUUGCAAUCACCGGCCAGGCUUGGCCUUCCAACUCCUAAUUCACCCUCUGUUCAAAACCCCCCCUCUCCCAAGGUAUCUUCUCAAGUCUCUCAAUCUUACCCUCGUCAACAGGCAAAUCUCUCGAAUACAACCUCCACUUCUUUAACUCUGCUUUCACUCCUCCCACCACUCUCGAGAGCUCAGUCUCUCCUCAUUCAAAUGGCUUCCCUUGCCUCUCGACUCUUUGAAGUCUCACCCAACCGGAACCAAUGGGUCAGUGCAUUUCGAGGUGCUCUGCCUUCAUUUUUACCUUCUCAACUCCAGGCCAGUCAACAAACUCCUCCCGACUCUUGUCCUUCUUCCACAAAAGAAAUCCUUUCUCUCUUCAAUUCUCUUCAAUCACAGCUAUUUGAAGCUGUUGCAGAACUUCAAGAGAUUCUUGACCUUCAAGAUGCAAAGCAAAGACUCUCUCGAGAAAUCCGUUCAAAAGAUUCUGCAAUCCUUGCUUUUGCCCACAAACUUAAAGAUGCAGAGCGUGUUCUCGACAUGCUUGUAGAUGACUAUUCUGAUUAUCGCCGUCCAAAACGGGCCAAAUCAGAAGAUAAUCCUAAGGACUCUUCAUUGACAACUGUUGCUACUCAGCUAAAACUGUCAGACAUAUUGUCAUAUGCUCAUAGAAUUAGCUACAGUACUUUUGCACCUCCAGAAUUUGGUGCUGGAACAGCUCCACUUCGGGGAGCGCUCCCACCUGCUCCACAGGAGGAGCAAAUGCGUGCUUCUCAGUUAUAUAAUUUUGCUGAUCAUGAUGUUGGUUUACCUAAAACAGACGAAGGUAAGGAGAAAAUUAUUGAGCCACUCAUUGAACCCCCUAUUGCCCAGCCAAUGGAAGUCAAUCAUCUUCCCAAUCUCUCAUCAAUUCAGGGCCUUUUCCCUUCAAAUAUUGUUGUACCAUCAGGUUGGAAACCUGGAAUGCCUGUUGAAUUACCCACUGAUAUACCGCUUCCUCCACCUGGGUGGAAGCCUGGAGAUCCAGUUCCCCUUCCUCCCUUGGACUCACUUUCUCUCCCUCCAAAGGUGGAGGAGCCACCAAUACGUCCACUACCUCCCCCUGGCCUGCCAAAGAUGCCGGAAACCAUACAGGUUCGGCAUGUGCAGCUUGAUAUUGACGAUGACAGUAGUGACUACAGCAGUGAAGGAGCCAGCUCUGAGAGUGAAGAUUGAUUUGUAUUGAGGAAAAAAAAAUCAAUUAGCUUGUGUCUCCUAGAUUUGGACAAAAAUGACUCAAAGGUAUACUAGUUUUAGUGGUAUGUUUUGUUGUAGUAUUUGAUAGGUGUUACUAAUCUUCUGUCCUUGAAGAUACAUGAGCUGAGUAGCUGACCUUGAUUAUACAAUUGUGGAAAAAUUCUUUUAUCUUUUGCGUCUUAAAAUUUUAUUUGAAUGGACUUUAUUGUGGUUA